AUGGCGCUGGGGCUGCUUAUCGCCGUACCGUUGCUGCUGCAGGCGGCGCCCCCCGGCGCGGCGCACUACGAGAUGAUGGGCACCUGCCGUAUGAUCUGCGACCCCUACACCGCCGCCCCGGGUGGGGGGCCCGCGGGAGCCAAGGCUCCGCCGCCGGGACCCAGCACGGCCGCGCUGGAAGUCAUGCAGGACUUGAGCGUCAACCCUCCGCCCCCUUUCAUCCAGGGACCCAAGGGCGACCCGGGGCGACCUGGCAAGCCGGGACCGCGGGGACCCCCGGGAGAGCCGGGCCCACCUGGACCCCGGGGUCCCCCGGGGGAGAAGGGCGACUCGGGGCGGCCCGGGCUGCCUGGCCUGCAGCUGACGGCGGGCGCGGCCGGAGGUGUCGGGGUGGUGGGUGGCGGAACCGGGGGCGGCGGUGACUCUGAGGGCGAAGUGACUGGCGCGCUGAGCGCCGCCUUCAGCGGUCCCAAGAUCGCCUUCUAUGUGGGUCUUAAGAGCCCCCACGAAGGCUACGAGGUGCUCAAAUUCGACGACGUGGUCACCAAUCUCGGCAAUCACUACGACCCUGCUACGGGCAAGUUCAGCUGCCAGGUGCGUGGCAUCUACUUCUUCACCUACCACAUCCUCAUGCGCGGCGGCGACGGCACCAGCAUGUGGGCGGACCUCUGCAAGAACGGGCAGGUGCGGGCCAGCGCCAUCGCGCAGGAUGCCGACCAGAACUACGACUACGCCAGUAACAGCGUGGUGCUACACCUUGAUUCGGGGGACGAGGUGUAUGUGAAGCUGGACGGCGGAAAGGCGCACGGAGGCAAUAACAACAAGUACAGCACCUUCUCGGGCUUUCUUUUGUACCCGGAUUAGAGGGGCAGGGAGCGCGAGGUGGGGUGGCUUCAGGCCGCCCCAUGCCCGUGGGGGCGCUCUGUUCCCUGGCGAGGACCACUCUCGCUUCGUGACACUUCCUGACAUCGUUGGAAAAGACACACCCCCGCUGUCCUUCCUGCCCCGCUUCCGACCUCCGUGUGUCUGUGACUCGCCAGGCUCCUGGCUGUGCUCCUGGUCCCUGGCCCCAACCCGGGGCGGGAGAGCGGGACGCCCAAGAGGAGAAAUGAGCGUGAAACUGAAACCCCAGCCAGGGAGGCGGCAGCGCAGACUUUGCAGAGCUGAUUGGACUGGACAGGCCCCGGCGGGAUGCCUGAGCGCUUCCAGUCCCCCUCCUCCUCCGAGAGCCCUGAGACUGAGGGCUCCCAGCUCUGGCCACCGAGGUAGGCCAAAGCGAGCACGAGCUCCCUGGGGUGUCCUUCUUUGUGACCUGAAAUACUUGUGCAAAUGUCCCUGUCCAUCAGCUGAAAUCCCACCCUCAGCAGAAUCCCAGCAAUCAGAAAAUCCAUCUCUACACCGCACUCCCGCCUCAGA